GCCGCCCCGGUACCACACCGCUGAGCGAAUCUGGCCGGCCAAUAAUGCACCAUUCCUCUGUUUUAGGUAGUGCUAAGCUCCGUCCCCCCCACAUCUCUCCAGUCCAGCCGGCUCUGCGCCACGAGAUUUCCGUCCGGCCGCCGGCACCGCGUGCGCCUCCGACAAUUCUGUCCUGGUUGACACCUAAACAUGUCUGAUGUCGUGGAUGAAGCUCGCUGGCGUGAGCAGGUGUUUAGAGAACAUGAGUUCUCCGUGGUGCGUCUGCAUUCUGUUGCUGGAAAUGAUUUUCGUGGCAAUGGCUUUAUUGUCUAUCACAGUAAAACGAGGUGUCUCAUAGUGUCAUGUCAACAUGUCGUUAAGAUAGUUGAAGAUGGUGGAACCAUGUAUGCUUAUUUCUCCAACAGUGUCGCCCCAUACAAUGCAAGAGUAUUGUAUACCGAUGAGCACCGGGAUCUUGCUUUGCUGUGGGCUGAAGAGGUGGUGGAACCAAUGACUUCUUUGAGGUUCUUUGACUCACCGUAUGCUUCUGGAUGGAAUGUUGUCGCACUCUCUUUUAUCUCAUUGGGUGCUUCAUCCAAUCCUAUUCUAGAACCAGGGACCUUUUCUGGUGACAUAACCAAUGAACCAGAUGAACCACACCUUCACUGUAGUUGUUCAUCUAAGGAAGCGGCAUCAGGUUCACCUAUUAUUUUGGCAAAUGUAAACGAGGUAGUUGGGGUGCUUGGCGGAGCUUCACGUGCGUCUGUAUACGCUGUUCCGGUCAGAACUAUAAAGGAGUUCUUAGGACAGCGCCUUGGUGGAGUCAAUAUGGACAUGCCAAUCGCUGGGAUGGUUAGGCUUGUCGCACUGCAGCAGGCAUAGCACGAGGGUGGUUCUCGUCAAGGAGGACACGAACAAUGGAUGGAAAGUUGUCAAGGAAGAACCAUGAGAAGUUGUAGGAAAUGGUCUUAAUAAAAGUUGUCGUGCGCACGACAUAGUCCUAGGCUUCAUAAUUAGUAUGUUGGAAUAUUCUGAUCCUACUAGACUUUGUAGCUAUAUAAGCCAUUGACUGUGCUCGUUUUAGAACGUAUUGUAGUAUUGUACUACAAAUUUGUUUCUUAAUUGUGCUACUUUAUUGUCUUGCGUCUUGAAUUAUAUGGCCCUAUUAAUUUUC